AGAGGCCAAAGCCGAGCCGAGCCGAGCCGGAUCGUCCCCUCUUCCCUUCUCUUUUCGGGAUUUCUCUGGAGCUCUCUCUGUCUCCAUAACUCCCUCCGUGUCCCCUCUCGGAUGGCUCCAUUGAUGACCACCUUUCUCUUUUCUAUUCCCAAGGUGGAUCUUUUUGAGCUUUGCUGACUGUGAUCGCCAAAGGAUUUCCACUAGCACAACCUCUGAAAGCGAAGCCCCUCGCCGUUCUGAUUGCACAUGUUGUCUCCCCGAUUUUUGUUUCUUUUGUGUCCGAUCAUCGUUUGCAGCUUGUGAUUCUCCUUCUCACGGCGGGAUUCAGUUUACUGUAUCAAUUUUGGGCCUCAUCGGUCUUGUACUCUGUUCUUUAUUCACAUAUUAUAAGAAAACCAGACUAGGGUUCAACUCCUUUUUUGUUCUCAUCGCCUUCUCUUAUAUAGUUUCAAUUUAUUGUAGCUUUGGGUUCCAUGUCAAUGGAUUUUCCCGUCCCGGUAUUGUAUUAUCGACGUUUAUAAGAUUAUUAUCUUCUCAUUGUUUUUUUCUUGAUAUGAUUUUCUAAAAAAAUAGAAAAAAAGGGGGAAAUUUUGGUAAAAAAUUAUCAUCAAGCAACAUCCCUUUUUCUUAAUACAAGAGAGAGUGAGAGAGGGAAAAAAACGAGACUGUUAAACUUGCGUGUUAAUUACGUAUGGGGAGCCCUGCAUUAAGUGGCCGGAAUAACGGGCAGCGAUUAGGCAUUACUGAUCCUAUUUCGUUGAGUGGGCCGACGGAGUAUGAUGUGAUAAAGACUCGCGAACUCGAAAAGUAUCUGCAAGAUGCUGGAUUGUACGAAAGUCAGGAGGAAGCCGUGAGUAGAGAGGAAGUUCUUGGGAGACUAGACCAGAUUGUGAAGAUUUGGGUUAAAACAAUUAGUCGUGCGAAGGGGUUGAAUGAGCAACUGGUGCAAGAAGCCAAUGCUAAGAUUUUCACGUUCGGUUCAUAUCGUUUAGGGGUGCAUGGCCCUGGAGCAGAUAUUGAUACGCUGUGUGUGGGACCUAGACAUGCAACACGUGAAGAGGACUUUUUCGGUGAGCUACAUAAAAUACUGUCAGAGAUGCCAGAAGUAUCUGAGUUGCACCCUGUGCCUGAUGCUCAUGUCCCUGUGAUGAAAUUUAAGUUUGCCGGGAUUUCUAUUGAUCUUCUCUAUGCAAAAUUGUCACUUUGGGUUAUUCCUGAAGACUUGGAUAUAUCUCAGGACUCGAUACUACAGAAUGCAGAUGAACAGACAGUUCGUAGUUUAAAUGGUUGUCGAGUUACUGAUCGAGUUCUGCGAUUAGUUCCAAAUAUUCAGAGUUUUCGAACAACAUUGAGAUGCAUGAGGUUUUGGGCAAAACGCCGAGGCGUUUAUUCCAAUGUUUCUGGGUUUCUUGGCGGUAUAAACUGGGCGUUGCUUGUUGCUCGCAUAUGCCAACUAUAUCCCAAUGCAUUGCCAAAUAUGCUCGUGUCUCGGUUUUUCAGGGUCUUCACCCGGUGGCGCUGGCCAAAUCCAGUCAUGCUCUGUGCUAAUGAAGAAGGAUCUCUUGGACUUCCAGUUUGGGAUCCAAGGAGAAAUCCGAAGGAUAGAUUCCAUUUAAUGCCUAUUAUUACUCCUGCUUAUCCUUGCAUGAAUUCUAGCUACAAUGUUUCAUCAAGCACUCUGCGUAUUAUGACUGAAGAAUUUCAGAGGGGACAUGAUAUUUGUGAGGUUAUGGAAGAAAAUAAGGCCGAUUGGGAUACACUUUUCGAGCCCUACCCCUUCUUCGAGGCGUACAAAAACUAUUUACAAACUGACAUUACUGCAGAAAAUGAUGAUGAUCUAAGAAACUGGAAGGGUUGGGUUGAAUCUCGUCUUCGCCAACUGACAUUGAAGAUUGAGAGACAUACGUAUAACAUGCUUCAGUGCCAUCCACAUCCAGGAGAUUUUUCAGACAAAUCCAGACCUUUCCACCAUUGUUAUUUCAUGGGUUUGCAGCGAAAACAAGGAGUUCCUGCAAGUGAGGGUGAACAGUUCGAUAUGAGGUUGACAGUCGAUGAAUUUAAACGUUCUGUCAACAUGUAUACAAUGCGAAAGCGUGGGAUGGAGAUUUAUGUAACACAUGUGAAAAGGAGGAAUAUACCAAAUUUCGUUUUUCCGGGUGGAGUUCGACCUUCACGUGCAUCAAAAAUGACUUGGGAUAGUAGGCGUAGUUUGGAACUAAAAGCUUCUGAUAGCACUCAAGUAGACAGGCCUUUUGAAGCUACAGAAAGUUUAGAUGGAGUAGAAGAUAGAAGGAAAAGAAGGCGUAUUGAUUAUAAUGCAAAUACUACCUUGAGAAAUGGAGAGUGCUUGGCUGCUGCUCAUUCCCAGCCUGUGGAAGUUCACGAAGUCAGCCAAAUCAGCACCACUAGCUCAUGUUCCAUAAAGGAUGUGAAUUCUAUUCCCACUAGUGCAAAUAACAUAGAAAAUCUGGCAGAUGUGUCCUCUCAGAAUAAUGGAGACCAAGCUGCGGCAGCUGAUACACCAAGCUGUAAAGAAGCAGAGAAGCUGGCAAUUCAAAAGAUUCUGUCUGGCUCAUACGACUCUCACAAAGAGUUUCCUUGUGAGCCUGAAGAGCUCGAUGAUAUUGAUUAUACAAAACAAGCUAUAGAUUUUGGGGCCACUCGGCAAGGUAUCCCCAUGACGUCUUCGGUUGCAAAAACAUCUUCCGUAGUAGUUCCUAUGACAUCUUGCAAUGAAGCACGGCUGACCUCAAGAUCAUAUUCCAAUGGGGGCUUAGAGGAGCUUGAGCCUGCUGAAGUAGUGGCGCUAUCGUCAACUGGGACCACUCGUGCACCCGUGGCCGAGCGAAAGCCAAUCAUCAGGUUGAGCUUCACUUCCUUGGGCAAGGCUGGUAAAAGCUCGUGAAGAAGGGUUCUUCCAAAAGCAGCUUGUGAGAGCAUUCUUCUAAUCUAUUAUGUAUCAGGCUAUGUCUUGCCAGUCGAUUUUCUUUUCAUGUAACUCUUGACCCUUAAUGAUAUAAAAAAGAAAAAAAAGGAAAAAAAAUGGUCUAAGUUUGUAUGUAGUAUGCAUAAUCGGCUUGAAGGCCUCUACGUAGCCAACAGUUCUACAAAUGUACCAGUCGGUUUAUGCCUCUUUUUUCUACCGUAUUAAUGCAGAUGAUAGCUUUUUUAUUAUCGAA